GCUGACACUCCCUGACCUACGAUGUCGCGCCGGAAGCCGACCUCUGGCGGCGCUGCAGCUGCCAGCUCAGCCCCUGCAAGACAAGCAGUUUUGAGCAGAUUCUUCCAGUCUACGGGAAGCCUGAAAUCCACCUCCGCCCCUACGGGUGCAGCCGAGACGGUGACCCCUGACUCUGACUCCGCAGCACCCCUAGCGGCCACUCUCCCGCCUCAGUUGCCGUCACACGUGGCUGCAGACAUUGACAGAAGUAAAAAGAGACCCCUCGAGAAUGAUGAGCCUGUUAAAAAGAAGGCAAAGAAAGCCCAAGAAAAGGAAGGAAGAAGUGAUUCAGUGAUGUCCGAGAACCCUGAACCAAAGAAACAUCAGAGGACCAGGACAGUUUUAAAGUCUCUGGAAAAACUGAAAGAAUUCUGCUGCGAUUCUGCCCCUCUUCAAAACAGAGUCCGAACAGAGCCUCUUCGGGAGCGGUUUGCAGUUCUGCCGAAAUGUACUGAUUUUGAUGAUAUCGAUCUUCUCCGUGCCAAGAAUGCAGUUUCUUCUGAAGUUUCCAAAUCUCAAACUAGUCAGAAGGACAAGGCACUCGGUCAUUGUGGAUCAUCACAGAGGAGUUCUGAAAACUCCCAGAAAACUUCUGAUUCUAAACCAUCUAACAAACGGACCAAAAGCGUCUAUACCCCCUUAGAGUUACAAUACUUAGAAAUGAAACAGCAGCAGAAAGAUGCAAUUUUGUGUGUGGAAUGUGGCUAUAAGUAUAGAUUCUUUGGGGAAGAUGCAGAGAUUGCAGCCCGGGAGCUCAAUAUCUAUUGCCAUUUAGAUCACAACUUUAUGACUGCAAGCAUACCGACACACCGACUGUUUGUUCAUGUGCGCCGCCUAGUGGCCAAGGGAUAUAAGGUGGGAGUUGUGAAACAAACUGAAACAGCUGCAUUAAAAGCCAUUGGGGACAACAAAAGUUCAGUCUUUUCCCGGAAAUUGACUGCUCUUUAUACAAAAUCUACACUUAUUGGAGAAGAUGUGAAUCCUUUAGUCAAGCUGGAUGAUGCUGUAAACGUUGAUGAAAUAAUGACUGAUACUUCUACCAGCUAUCUUCUGUGUCUUUGUGAAAAUAAGGAAAAUGUUAAAGACAGAAAAAAGGGGAACAUUUUCAUUGGAAUUGUGGGAGUGCAGCCUGCCACAGGUGAGGUUGUAUUCGACAGUUUCCAGGACUCUGCCUCCCGAUCAGAGCUAGAAACUCGGAUACUGUGCCUGCAGCCAGUGGAGCUGCUGCUUCCAUCAGACCUGUCAGAGCCAACAGAGAUGCUCAUCCACAGAGCCACAGCUGUUAGUGUGCGGGAUGACAGAAUUCGAGUAGAAAGGAUGGAUAACAUGUAUUUUGAAUACAGCCAUGCUUUCCAGGAGGUCACAGAAUUUUAUGCAAAAGACAUAGUUGAUAACAAAGGUUCUCAAAGUUUGUCUGGCAUCAUUAAAUUAGAGAAGCCAGUUAUUUGCUCUUUGGCUGCCAUAAUAAGAUAUCUCAAAGAAUUUAACUUGGAAAAGGUGCUUUCCAAACCCAAGAAUUUUAAACAGUUAUCAGGUGAAAUGGAAUUUAUGACGAUUAAUGGAACAACGUUAAGGAACCUGGAAAUCCUUCAGAAUCAGACUGAUAUGAAAACCAAAGGAAGUUUGUUUUGGGUUUUAGACCAUACUAAAACUUCAUUUGGGAGACGGAAGUUAAAGAAGUGGGUGACCCAGCCGCUCCUUAAAUUAAGGGAGAUAAAUGCUCGACUUGAUGCUGUAUCUGAAGUUGUCCAUUCAGAAUCCAGUGUGUUUGGCCAGAUAGAAAGUCAUCUACGUAAAUUGCCCGACAUAGAAAGAGGACUCUGUAGCAUUUACCACAAAAAAUGUUCUACACAAGAGUUCUUCUUGAUUGUCAAAACCCUGUAUCACCUGAAGUCAGAAUUCCAAGCAUUAAUACCUGCUGUUAAUUCCCACGUUCAGUCAAACUUGCUCCAGACCUGUCUUCUAGAAAUUCCUGAACUCCUCAGUCCAGUGGAGCAUUACUUGAAGAUAUUGAAUGAACAGGCUGCCAAAAAUGGGGAUAAAACUGAAUUAUUCAAAGACCUUUCUGACUUUCCUGUAAUAAAAAAGAGGAAGGACGAAAUUCAAGAAGUUACCAACAAGAUCCAAACACAUUUGCAAGAAAUACGAAAAAUACUAAAAAAUCCUUCUGCACAAUAUGUGACAGUAUCAGGACAGGAGUUUAUGAUUGAAGUAAAGAAUUCUGCAGUAUCUUGUAUACCAACUGAUUGGGUUAAAGUUGGAAGCACAAAAGCUGUGAGCCGCUUUCACUCUCCCUUUAUUGUAGAAAAUUACAGACAUCUGAAUCAGCUCCGGGAGCAGCUAGUCCUUGACUGCAGUGCUGAGUGGCUUGAUUUUCUAGAGAAUUUCAGUGAACAUUACCACUCCUUGUGUAAAGCAGUGCAUCACCUAGCAACUGCUGAUUGCAUUUUCUCGCUGGCCAAGGUCGCUAAGCAAGGAGAUUACUGCAGACCAACUCUACAAGAAGAAAGGAAAAUUGUAAUAAAAAAUGGCAGGCACCCUGUGAUUGACGUGUUGCUGGGAGAACAGGACCAGUAUGUUCCCAAUAGUACAGAUUUGUCAGGGGACUCAGAGAGAGUAAUGAUAAUUACUGGACCAAACAUGGGUGGAAAGAGCUCCUACAUAAAACAAGUUGCAUUGAUUACUAUCAUGGCUCAGAUUGGCUCCUAUGUUCCUGCAGAGGAAGCAACAAUUGGAAUUGUGGAUGGCAUUUUCACAAGGAUGGGGGCUGCAGAUAACAUAUAUAAAGGAAGGAGCACAUUUAUGGAAGAACUCACUGACACAGCAGAAAUCAUAAGAAAAGCAACAUCACAGUCUUUGGUUAUCUUGGAUGAAUUGGGCAGAGGGACCAGCACCCAUGAUGGAAUUGCCAUUGCUUAUGCUACCCUUGAGCAUUUCAUUAGAGAUGUGAAAUCCCUAACCCUGUUUGUUACCCAUUAUCCACCAGUUUGUGAGUUAGAAAAAAGUUACUCACAGCAGGUGGGGAAUUACCACAUGGGAUUCUUGGUCAAUGAGGAUGAAAGCAAACAGGAUCCAGGUGAAGAAGACAAAGUCCCUGAUUUUGUCACUUUUCUUUAUCAAAUAACCAGAGGAAGUGCUGCAAGGAGUUACGGACUAAAUGUGGCUAAACUAGCAGAUGUUCCUGGAGAAAUUUUAAAGAAAGCAGCUAGCAAGUCAAAAGAGCUGGAAGGAUUAGUAAAUAGGAAAAGGAAAAGGCUAAAGUCUUUUGCCAAGUUAUGGACGAUUAAUGAUGCUAAAGACUUGCAAAAGUGGACAGAUGACUUUGAAAUGGAAGAAAUUCAGACUUCUCUUCCUGAUGUAAUGAAGACUACAUUUUUGAACAAAAAAGAGAGAAUUAAAACUAUCAACUGUACAAAACAACUCUGCAGUAACAGCCCAUCUUUGUAUGACGUGAGCAAAAAACAUGACCGUGGUAUAGUCUUAUUAGAAAUAGGGAGGCCUUUUGUGUAGAAAGUCUGAUUCAGGUUCCAACCAUCCUGACUUUUAAAAGCAUAAACACUUUCGGAUAUUAAGAUUUCUGUCAUGUCACUAGCAAAUGUCAUGGAUGAUGAGAUUCACAUAAAAGCCUGAAGUGAUAGAAUUUACAGUUCAAGAACUUUUACAGAGCGAUAGAACAAUUUAAUGCAUGGUUUUAUUUGUCUCAGUUCCGAUAGUUUGGAACUGGGUGAAAUGUCUGGCCAGACUAUGUCUUCAUUCAAACUAAAAUAAUCUUUUAAUGCCACCAGUUUAUUCACUAUGAGCAUAAGAAUUUUUGAAAAGAAACAGAAUUAUCAGGCUUUUAGAAACAUGAAAAGGGUAAGGUCCCAUGAAAUCUGAAAAGUUAACUAUUGUCCUAGUUUUAAGCAAUUUAAAAAUUGACAGAUGAAAUUAUUUGUCAUUUAAUAAGUAAUAAACAUUUAAUGAAUAUUUGGUAUAAUUUAUUAUUUUUUUUCUGUGGAAUUUUGGAAUUUUCAACCAUCUGGCGUUUGUUACUUUUUAGGUUUAAAUGUGGAACGCAGGUUGCUGCUUCUCCCAAGUACACAGAUCUGAGCUUAUUCAUUUUGGACCUUUCUGCUAACCAGUUACCAAAUGUGUGGUCUUCCCUGUAUUGAACCUUUCAGCUUUGUUGAUUCAUAAGAGAGUCCCUUCCUGCCUGUUUAGGUUGACAGGGGUCUCAGCAAUGUCCUAGAGCUUUUUGUAUCAUGUACAACCUGGCCUCUCAUAUCCAUAUGCUUUUUGUUUCUAAAUAUAUGAUCUUGCACUCUUCAUUCUGUUUCCCACCCAUUUUUUAUUCCUGCUAAGUUUGUGUCUUCCACAGACUUGAUGGCAUGUGUCUCUUUCCUUCUUUAGUUGUUUCUUACCAUGGCCCUAACACUAACUCCUGGACACAGUCACUUUAGUCUCCCCAGGUUGAAGAGUUACUCACAGUUUAGGCCUCUGCUUCCCCACCUUUAUGGACUUAGAAUGUAAUGUAGUUUGAUUCCACCGUCUCUCCAGAAAUAUUAACAUAUAGUGGAAUUCUCAAAAAUGUCUCAAAAUAUAGUUGGGAUUUACUGUUUAAAUUUUUAAAAGAACAAUACUUCUAAAACAACGUUUCAGUACCCUCUAAGACCAUAAAUGCUUUUUAUGGACAAGAUUUCAGAGGGAGUUCUAUAAUCUUACUGGCAGGACAGCAGAAAAGGGAGAUGAAUGAAUCCAGGAAUGUCCUGCCUAUGCCUGAGGAAGUUCCAGGCACUGUAAUCACUGGUCGCAUCCAAGUGAACAUUCCAGGCCAUCUCUGGCUUGUCCAAGCCAGUGUCAACAUUUAGGCAGGGGUGUGGGUUUCAGGAGCAGGGUGACCAGGCAGUAGUAAUACAGUGUCUGGCAGCUGACACUGUGCAACAUUAGAUAGAUUCUCCAACAUAAAGCAGGAGGUCAGGCCUGCUCCAGGUUUGGAGGCAGACUAGCACUGCCAAACUCCAUUUCUAAGGGAGGCUCAUUCCCAGUCAGGGUCCUGAGGUGUUGAAGGGAAAGUUGUGGUAGAGACCCAGUCAUCAAGGCUGUGCACAUGUCAUGGAGAUUGGCAGGAAAGAUGCUACGGAUCAGGUAGCUACUCCAGAUACCAGCCUUAAGGAGGGCUGCGAUUCUAAUUAGAUGUAACGUCUUUUGAGAUUGUGAUUUCGUUUCCUUUAGUCGUAUACUCAGAAGUGGGAUUGCUGGAUCACAUGGUAGUUCUAUUUUUAAUUUUGGGGUGCCCAUCAGACUAUUUUCCGUAAUGGCUUUUCCAGAUUACAGUGUCCCCAGUGGAGUACAAGGAUUCGCUUUCUCCUGUCUUCACCAACAUUUAUUAUUGCUUGUCUUUUUUUUUUUUUUUUUUUUUUUUUUUUGGUCUUUUUGCCAUUUCUAGAGCCGCUUCUGUGGAAUAUGGAGGUUCCCGGGCUAGGGGUUGAAUCAGAGCUGUAGCCACCGGCCUAUGCCAGAGCCACAGCAACGCGGAUCUGAGCCAUGUCUGAGACCUACACCACAGCUCACAGCAACGCCGGAUCCUUAACCCACUGAGCAAGGGCAGGGAUCGAACCUGCAACCUCAUGGUUCCUACUUGGAUUUGUUAACCACUGAGCCACGAUGGGAACUCCAAUUGCUUGUCUUUUUGAGGAUAGCCAUUCUAACACUUGUAAGAUGAUAGGUCAUUGUGGUUUUUGUUUGCAUUUCCUGAUGAUUAUAGUCAGUUUUCAAUCAUUUCUAUCACUCUAAAAAAGAAACCUGUUCUCACUAGCAUACUCUCCAUUCCUCCUCCAAAUCCCCAGUCUUAGACAGUCAUUAAUCUGCUUUCUGUCUCUAUAGAUUUGCUGUUUGGAUAUUUCAUAUUAAUAGAAUUAUUCAACAUUUGGUCUUUGUGUCUGGCUUCUUUCAUUUAGUUUACUAUUUUCAAGAUUCAUCCCUGUUGUAGCAUGUAACCGUACUUCAUUCUUUUUUAUUGCUGAAAACUCUUCCAUUUUGUACAUGUAUAUGUAUGUACAUCACAUUUUGUGUAUCCAUUCAUCAGCUGAUACACAUUUAGACUAUUUCUACUUUUUGGCUGUUAUGAAUAAUUCUACUAUGAACAUUCAUAUACAUAUUUUUAUGUGGCAAGGCACAGGAUUUUUUUUUUUAGCUCCCCCCAGUAAUUCUAAAGUGCAGUCUGAUUUGUGAAUCAAUAAUCUUGCAGAUUAAAAGUGACUAAACAGUAUUUUUUCAUUGCAUGACAAUCAUUUAUCCUUUCUUCUGCUCUAUCUGUCAUUUAGGACAAAGUGUGGCAGACUAUAACCCCCGAUAACUAUUUGUUGAAAUAGAAAAGAAAAACCAAACCCUUUCAGAUUAGAAACCCAGCAAAAUGACUUGUCUUUUCAUAAUCAAGAUACUGUUUCACUAGGGAUUCAGGAUCCAUUCGAAGUGCAUUAUAUCUUGAAACCAAAAAAUAAAAAUCUCCUCUGACAAUUAGUCCAAGUGUGAGCGUGUUGUCAUGUUGAUCGUGGUAAUGGAGCUGGUGAAACAGUGCUCACUGCAUGAAUUCCAAAGUAGAGACUAGAUUGAAUCCAAUGUGGUCUAUAAAUUAAUGGUGACCUUUGCUAAAUUCUAAGAUCAGUAUUAAUUACUGCUGUGCCAAAUAAUUCUGAAAGUGCCAUUUGACGUUUCACACCAAGGAUAUGAGUAGAGAGAAAAAGGAACCUGAAAUAAUGCCAUCUGUGGUUUCCAGCUUUGUAAUUACAGUCAGUUCCUUUUUGCAACAUUGUAGUUAGUAUUGAUGAUUAUUGUGAGGGUUAUUCAUGUCCAGAGAGGUGUUACUAUUCGGGGCAUAUCCAUCCUGGUUUACUUGGGAUGAGUCUUCUUCCCGGUCUACACCUGUUUUCUUGGGACAUUUAUUAAAAGGCUUUUUCACUCAAAAGUGUCUGAUUCUUACUAGUAAACUACAUGGUUACCCUAGUUAUAGGAACUGUUUCAUGGGUACACUCACCAUCUUUAAAAAAUGGUUUUUUUAACCUAUUGUAGGAAUUGAUUUUUAUCUGAAUGUUCUGGUAGUUGUUUUUGCUUGUCCAUAAUAAAUGCUUUACCUUGAGACAUUUUUUUUUUCUUUUUGUUAUUUCCCUAAUACAUUAUUAUUAUUUAUUUUUUUUUUACUGUACAGCAUGGUGACCCAGUUACACAUGCAUAGAUACAUUCUUUUUUCUCCCAUUAUCAUGCAUCAUCAUAAGUGACUAGACAUAGUUCCCAGUGCUACACAGCAGGAUCUCAUUGCUUAUCCAUUCCAAAGGCAGUAAUUUGCAUCUGUUAACACCAAGCUCCCAGUCCUUCCCCCCUCCCCCUUGGCACCACAAGUCUAUUCUCCAAGUCCAUGAUUUUCUUUUCUGUGGAAAGGUUCAUUUGUGCCAUACAUUAGGUUCCAGAUAUAAAUGAUAUCAUAUGGUAUUUGUCUUUCUCUUUCUGACUCACUUCACUCAGCCUGAGAGUCUCUAGUUCCAUCCAUGUUGCUGCAAAUGGCAUUAUUUCGUUCUUUUUUAUGCUGAGUGGUAUCCCAUUGUGUUUAUGUACCACAUCUUCUUAAUCCAUUCAUCUGUCAGUGGACAUUUAGGUUGUUUCCGUGUCUUGUCUAUUGUGACUAGUGCUGCAAUGAACAUGCGGGUGCAUGUAUCUUUUUGAAUGAAAGUUCUGUCCUGAUAAAUGAGCAAGAGUGGGAUUGCUGGGUCAUAUGGUGGCUCUAUAUUUAGUUUUCUGAGUUACCUCCAUACUGUUUUCCAUAGGGGUUGUGCCAAUUUACAUUCCACCAACAGUAUAGAAAGGUUCCCUUUCUCCACACCCUUUCCAGCAUUUCUUAUUUGUUGACUUGUUGUGAUGGCCAUUCUCACUGGUGUGAGGUGGUACCUCAUUGUAGUUUUGAUCUACAUUUCUCUAAUAAUUAGUGAUAUUGAGCAUUUUUUCAUGCACCCAUUGGCCAUCUUGUAUAUCUUCUUUGGAAAAUGUCUAUUCAGGUCUGCACAUUUUUCAAUUGGGUUGUUGGCUUUUUUGCUGUUGAGUUGCAUAAGUUGUUUGUAUAUGGCAUAUAUGUAACUGGCAUGUAUUUAUCUUCUUUGAUGAAGUGUGUGUUAUAGGCCUUCUGCCUGUUUUUCAAUUGAGUGGUUCAUUUUCUUAUUGUUGCAUUUUAAGAAUUCUUUGUAAAUUUUUAAUAACAGUCUUUGUCAGAAAAUACCCUGUGUCUUUUCUGGGUAUUUUCUCCCAGUCUGUGCCUUGUCUUCUCAUUCUCUUAGCAGUGUCUUUUGCAGAGAGAAGCUUUGUAAUUUUAAUGAAAUUCAGCUUAUCAGCUCUUUCAUGGAUCAUGCCUUUGGUGUUAUAUCUAAAUUGCCAUUUCCAUAACCCAA